GACGCGGCAAUCAAAAUCGGACACAUCCCCUCCCCUUCCUUAGAUGCUUCGGAUCCCCACCACAUACCGUGCUCCAAUCCUUAGUAUUGCGGGGAGCUAGCUAUAUGACCUUAGAAAUUCGAUUCCAGCCAACCAAACCCUUUCUUUUUCGCGACUUCUACCCCACGCGAAAAUUACUGCAAGUAAUCUGAACCCUUCCUGUCGUAUCUGUUCCCGGCGAUAAUUAUAUCAACCCGCAUGAUAUAGAGUGUGAUACAUGAUAUCAAAUGCCGGAAAUGGAUAUGAAUGAAGGAAACGAACCAUCAGGCGACGAAAUCGCAAACGUGGUAUUAAAACAAUUUGACGAAUUGCCCACGAAGAGAAAACCUUUGAGUAGGGGAGAGGGGGUUAGGGAAUGGGUACCUUUGAGUGGGAUUGUUGCUUCUGGUGAGAAUGGAUUGACUUGUUUGGCUCUUGCGUGAGUUUUCUACGAAAAAUUUAAUGGGAUUUUUUCCUCGAUCAUUUAUGCAUAAAGAUGAAGGCAAUAGGAGAUUUGCGGGACGUGAAGUCACGUUUUGAUUCAAUCAACAGCUUCAUCUUCUAUUGUAUAGAGUAUCGUUACAUCACUUUCAUUCCUAACACCAUCCCAAUUCAGAACCGGCAUGAAAUGUCUUCCGCAGUCCAAACUUUCCCAUGCACAAGGCAACGUGCUUCACGACUGGCACGCGGAAAUCCUCUGUCUGCGCACCCUCAACCAUUUCUUCCUGCAAGAAAUUCUCGCUCUUCUUUCUACCCCCUCAAUUCCCUCCCAGUACCUCCAACAACGCUCUCCCGAGUCCAUCACACAUGAUUCAUUCCAACCUUUCGAACUCAAACCCCACAUCAAGCUCUUCAUGUAUUGUUCCGAAGCACCCUGCGGUGACGCAAGCAUGGAGCUCACAAUGGCAUCUCAAGACGAUCCGACACCUUGGGAUUUACCAUCUACCAGCACCUCUUCCUCAGACAUCAAACCCGAACUCCCAGGCCGAGCCAACUUCCAACUUCUCGGACGCGUACGUCGCAAACCCUCACGUCCAGACGCACCUCCCACCCUCUCGAAAUCCUGUUCCGAUAAACUAGCUACAUCUCAAUACACAUCCAUCCUCUCCUCUCUCACAUCCCUCUUUAUCUCCCCUCAAAACAUGUAUUUGCAUUCCCUCAUCCUCCCCGAAACGCAAUAUAACGAAACAGGCUUCGUGCGAUGUUUCCAGACUCGUCUAACCACUCUACGAAACAAAGAGAGAGGAACAAGAGAAAGUGGGUAUGGAUUUCACGAAGUCGGUAUCAAAACCACAGAGAAAGAAUUCGUGUAUUCUCGACGAGCAGAAGCUCACAAGACGAAAACAAUCGAAUAUGUAAGUAGCAAUAUAUCCACCUCUUGGGUGCGUGGCGAUGGGAAAUCAGGCGGGGAAACGCUGGUAAAUGGGGCGUUGCAGGGAAGAAAACAAUUUGAUGUGAAAGGUGCUAGUAGGGUUUGUAGAAGAAGAGGUUGGAAAUUGGGACUUGAAGUUCUGGGCGCGAUUACAGCAAGGCAGAUUGGUGGGAAGGAGGUUGUGAGGAGGAUUUGCAGGGGUUUGGAGGUGGAUGAAUAUAGGAAUUUAAAGGAAAGUGACAUAUUGAGAGAGAGGAGGAGGGCAAAGGAAGAAGUGAGGGAGUGCCUGGGUGGAUGGGUGAGGAAUGAGGGGGAUGAUGGAUUUGGGGUUGAGACUCCAAACCAUUAAAAAUGACAAUUAUACUGCAAAUGAAUUUAUCAAAUCACCAAUAUCACCA